AUGGAUCCAAUUACAUCGUCUUAUUCACUUAUACCAACAAAUGAACUUGAUGGAAAUAGCAAUAUUGCUGAACUUUGGCCAUCAAAUAAUGGAUCUUAUAUACAACAAAUAGCUAACCAUAAUAAUAAUCCUAAUAAUAAUAUACAACAAAUAUCACCAAAUAAUCCAACAUUAGUACCACCACCUAGUCUUGCUUAUGCACGUCGUUAUGCAGCAUCAAAACCACCUUAUUCUUAUAUUUCAUUAAUUACACAUGCUAUUAAUGGUUCACCUGAUGGUAUGUGUACAUUAUCACAAAUAUAUCAAUAUAUACAAGAUCGUUAUGCAUAUUAUCGACAAAAUCAACAACGUUGGCAAAAUUCUAUUCGUCAUUCAUUAUCAUUUAAUGAUUGUUUUGUUAAAGUUCCACGUAGUACUGAUCGUCCGGGUAAAGGUUCAUUUUGGGCAUUACAUCCUGAUAGUGGAAAUAUGUUUGAAAAUGGUUGUUAUUUACGACGACAAAAACGUUUUAAAAUAAAAGAUAAAAUAAAAGAUCCAAAUAAAUCUAAAAUAACAAAUAAAGAUAAAAUAAUAAAUUCAAAUUUAAAUAAAUCCCAUUCAUCAUCAUCACCAUCAUUAUCAGAUAAUACAAUAGGACGAAUGGAUUCACCAGGUUCAUCACCAAGACAAGCAACUGUAUCUGAAACAUUAGCUUUACCAUUAUCACAACAAUACUAUCAUCAUUAUUCACAAGUUCCAACACAAACAACAUAUUCAACUGAAUCAAUACCUUUAAUUAAAACUGAAUAUCAUCAUAAUCCAACAUCAUCAUCAUCAUCAUCAUCAGCUAUUUAUACACAUCAAACAUAUGAUCCAAAUAAUAAUGGUUUACAAUAUUUAACUCCUGAACAUAAUCAACAAUAUUUUCAUACAAUUGAUCAAACAUCAUCAACAUUUUUACAUCAAUUAGCACCACCAGGUACAUUUCGUAUUGAUAAUCUUAUUAAUGGUCAACAAGACUUUAAAUCAUUCUAUUCAACAAUGGUUGGUCAUGAAACAACAAGUAAUUUUUUGGAUACAACAAAUACUAAUUAUUAUUAUAAUAAUACAAAUUCUUCAUCUUAA